AUGGUCCUUUUACGCUUGGCUUGGUUUGCCGGCUUGGUUGUCUCUGCUAUUGCGGCUACUCCUGAUCAAUGGCGCUCGCAGUCGAUAUACUUCAUGCUUACUGAUCGCUUCGCUCGGACGGACGGUUCGACUACGGCGAGUUGUGAUGCGAGUAUGAGGAGAUACUGCGGCGGAACCUGGAAGGGAAUUGAGAACAAGCUCGACUACAUCCAGGGAAUGGGAUUCACGGCUAUUUGGAUUACUCCUGUAACAGCCCAAUUGCCCGAGGAUACCAAGUAUGGUGAAGCCUAUCAUGGCUACUGGCAGCAAGACAUCUACGGUCUCAACUCACAUUAUGGCACGGCAGAUGAUCUCAAGGACCUCGCCUCAGCUCUGCAUAAACGGGGAAUGUAUCUCAUGGUUGAUGUAGUAGCCAACCAUAUGGGCUACGCUGGUUCUGGAGAUUCAGUCAACUAUGCCGUAUUUGGCCCAUUCAAUGAGAAGAAAUAUUUCCACUCCUACUGCGAGGUCAACGAUUACAGCAACCAAACCAACGUGCAAGACUGCUGGCUCGGUGAUACGACUGUCUCACUACCUGAUCUCGAUACCGACAGUGAAGACGUCCAGAGUAUUUGGUACAACUGGGUUGGGUCUUUGGUUUCUAACUACUCAAGUGAGCAGUCGUCUUCCCCAUUCAAUGACACAAAUACUGAUACUACCCAAGUCGACGGUCUCCGCGUCGACACAGUCAAACAUGUCGAAAAGAGCUUCUGGCCCGGUUACAACAAAGCCGCUGGUGUGUACUGCAUCGGAGAGGUCUUUGACGGCGACGCCCAUUAUACAUGUCCUUACCAGGAAGUGAUGGACGGGUUGCUCAACUACCCAAUGUAUUAUCCUCUCCUCGCGGCCUUCAAAUCCACAAGCGGAAGCAUGAGUGAUCUCUACAACAUGAUCAACACCGUCAAGUCAACGUGCGCCGACUCGACUCUGCUAGGGAAUUUCGUAGAGAACCAUGAUAACCCGCGCUUUGCUUCCUACACUGAUGACAUGUCGCUCGCCAAGAAUGCCGCUGCCUUCACCAUCAUGGCUGAUGGUAUCCCAAUCAUCUACGCCGGACAAGAACAACAUUACAGCGGAGGCAGCGACCCGAACAACCGCGAGGCUACCUGGUUGUCCAAGUACAACACCAACAGUGAAUUAUACCAGCUCAUUGCGAAGGCGAAUGCUAUUCGGAAUCAGGCUAUCUAUAAGAGUGAUAAGUAUACCACUUACAAGAACUACCCGAUUUAUAAAGAUGACACCACUUUAGCUAUGCGCAAAGGCUACAGCGGCUCUCAGACCAUCACUGUUCUCUCAAACCUUGGUGAGAGUGGAAGCUCGUAUACGCUUUCGCUUCCUGACACAGAGUUCAAGGCUGGUGAUAAGUUGGUGGAAAUCAUCACUUGUACUAGUGUGACUGUUGAUAGCAGUGGGAAGGUUCCUGUUCCUAUGGCGAAGGGACAGCCGAGGAUUUUGUACCCUUCUUCGCUGAUCCAGGGAGCGAGUUUGUGUGCUUAG